UGUGACUCAAUUCACCCCAAGCGGUCGGCAUUUCACAAUUCAAAUUGGAAGGCAUACUCCCACCACCGGUUCUUUCAAACCGUCCUCCACAAAGAGCACCGACCCACAAAUUGAAGACGCCGACCAUGACGACCCCCGUCGAACUCUUACCGGUACAGGGCCCUCUAGAGCCGCCGCUUCCAGCCAUAGAGCCUUCUACUAGAUCUAGUAGCAGCAUACAAGAUGACGGUGCCCCUGUAGUGCUGGACUACAACAAUAAUAAUAUUAAUAAUAGCAGUUCGGUGGUGCGACGACAUGACAAGGAACGGCCAGAAUGGUCCAGUCAAUUAACCUAUACGUGUGGAGCUCUCCUGAGCAUUCCGCUAAGUCAACUGUGGCGAGGUGCUGCCAUGUUGGGAGGCAGCCUGAGUGUGUACGCGAGCUUGGCAGGUCUCUUAUUGGCCAUGUGCGUGAUUGGCUUGCCGUUGUAUUUGUUGGAGCUGGGCUGGGGACACAAGUAUCAAGUCGGUGCCGUUGGCAUUUGGCAAUUGCCUCAUUUUGGUACUGCCAAAAAACAACGACGAUGGACCGGACUGGGUGUUGCGGGAAUGCUAUUGGGAUUGGUCUACGCCUGUUUUUGUAUGGGAAUUCUCGCAUGGACGCUCCAUGCCUUGUUGGAUACCUUUGGUGUCAAUCUGCUUAUGCUCAGUGGACAACAGCAAGCAACAGAUACAAACAAUCCAUGGACACACAUUGCCCAAAACAAUCACUCGUUAUCAGAUCGACAACAAGCGGUAGAGAUUUACUGGGUAGAUCAAGUGGUGGGACAGCAUUCUCUCUCCCUCACAUCCGAACGGUACUUUCUACAACCCACACGGCUCGUUUACGAAAAUGUGGCAACUUGCGGAGUACUCUGGGCAAUUGUAGCCGUCAUUACAUCCUUGGGCAUUCGACAAUUAGGCCGCAUCAGUUUCCUCAUUACCACCACUUCCCUGAUACUCCUUAUUGCAGUAUUUGUAGGAUCCUUAACCAUCACACACGACAACACUGAUGAAGACUAUACCACCAAGUCAUCCAUGUGGGAAGACUUUGCAUCCUCCAUGGAUCAGGAUGACGUACUAUCCGAGAGCAUUGUGCAAACACUCUACAUUACCGGCAUUCUUCUGGGGAUACAAUCUGCCUAUUCCAGCUAUAAUAGCGGACCAUCCAAUACAAAUAGUGGCACAACAUCCUCCUCCACACCACCACAACAACAACCCUUUGCCAAGAUUGCCUGUCUCAUUACGGCCAUCAACGUCCUGUUGGUCUUUACGACGGGCUAUGUCCUUUCCAAAGCCAUUCCCACUCCUCCACUUCCCUUUUAUGCCAAUACCAUUUGGAAUCACAGUCUUCGUCUCGUCUUUUGCCAUUGGCCCGCCGCACUCUUGACAUUGCCCGGUGGAAUGGCAUGGGUCCGACUCUUGUACACGUGCCUAUUAAUGAUGGGGAUUCAGUUCCCCAUUGCCGUGGUGACUUCUAUUCUUACCGUCCUUCGAGAGGAUCGAACAUCCGCAGUGGCCAGGUGGAAAAUUGCGCUCGUGUCCUGUCUGGUGGGAUUCUCCGUGUCGCUCGUCUUUUGCACGGAUGCGGGGCUCAUCUUUCUCGAUACCAUGGACUACUAUAUGACAUUGUGCCUCUUGCUGGUGGGAUUCUUGGAAUCUUUUGCGGCUGGGUGGAUGUACAAUAUGGAAGAUCAGAUUCGGAGUUAUGGCAUCUUGCCAGUGAUCUUUUCCAUUCUAUGGAACUUUGCUCCCGUCGUGGUUGCGGCCGGGGUUUGGUUUGGACUCGAUAGCGACAAUAUUUUGGAUGUCGAUGAACAGUAUCAUCGCAUGUGGAUAGGACUCUUUGGGGGAUUGAUGGUCUUUCUCUUGUUUUUCAUGCUGGCGUUUGUCUCCAUUCGACGAUCCUACGAAUUCUACGUCGCACGAUGUCUCAACAGCAGUCAUACGAACAACAGCAGUGGUUCCAGUGAACGCAUUCUACAUCCUCGUGAUUACUACCUCGAAUUCUCCUUUGGAAACGUGGAGGCUCUCAAACGGAAUUUGGAAGCGUCCAUGGGUGGCAGUGGUUGUCAGUUGCCACAAGUAUGGUACAUUUUUUUGAAACGAGUGGUUCCCCAUUUGCUUCUUUUGGUCUUUCUGAAGCGACUCUUGAUGAUGAUUGGAUUACCGUCAGAGGAUACAGACGGAGCAUAUCUGAUGACGACCAUGGCGUUUGGUAACUAUGGCAAUUACCCUCUGGAGCCGUUUCAAAUUGCGGGCAUUGCACUCUUUGGAGUGGCGGCGGGAGUCUUUGUCGUAGGACUGGUGUGUCCUCCCGUGUACGCACAUUUAGUGCCACCACCCACGCACGUCUUUAUCAAUCGACGAGAUACCAUGGAAGAGGAAGAAGAAGAGGUCGGUGAGGAAUCGUCCGAAUGUGUAAACGUGCCAAACUUUGAUGAGCUUCCCGACAUGGAGGACCCUUUGGAUGUCAUGGCAGCGGGACGUGGGCAUGCCUACGUUGUGGAAAUGCAUUAGAACUUUUCCAGUGCACAGCUACAUGCAGCUAGUAGAGUUAACUUGUUGUGUGUUGUAACGAUUGUUUUUAAAUAAAGUUUCAUUUUAUUCC